GUUUAUAUGAACAAGAUAUUAUAUGGAAUGGAAACAUUUAGUAAUGGAUAUAGUUUAUAUGGACAUAUGUAAUAUAUAAUGCACAUGGAAAAUCUUAUACAUUGUUUCAAAGCACAAUAAACAAUAAGUAAUCAGACAAACAAACAAACAAACAAAAUGUAUAUGAUAUAACAUGAUGAUGUACAAGAAAAAUAAGCAAUUAUUUUUUACAAAAGUGACACAUUGGGCUGAAAAUACCAGUAAAUAUAAAUGAAUAUAGAGAAUAUAUAUGAAAAGUGAAACAUGGUUGAUUAAACAAAAAUAGAGCCAGAAAAGUAGUGCAACAGUAAGGAGAGCUGUAAGGAGAUGUUGCAGCCAAUGAUUCUGAAAUGAAACAAAUUAUUUUGAUACUUUUGAUGAUAACAAAUGAAACUUGGCAGGAAAUAAAUAGUGUUGAUUCGGUAAAACAAGUACCUCAGGAUAUCAUCUUCUCAUUGGAUUGUUCUGGCAGCAUCGAUCCAAUGACAUUCAGAUUUAUGCUCUCUUUUGUGAACGGCCUCGUUUGGAACAUGGAUAUUGACUCUGGAGCAGUUAGAGUUGCUGUUUUGACUCUCUCAGAUGAUCCUAUAGUUCAUAUAUCAUUUGAAAGCUAUAUAAACAAGAUUGAUUUAAUGCUCAUGAUUGCAAAAAUACCUCAUAUUGGUGGAUCAACCAAUUUUGCAAAUACUUACCAAAAAUUGAUAGAAAUAAGUGCUGGUGACUAUGGCAACCGCAUUAAUGUACGUGAUACAACCAUCUUUAUUACAGACGGGUUUUUCACUGAUGUCUCUCUUACUGAGGCAGCCUCAAUGAUUACAACAUUGAAGAGUGAAUUUAAAUUUGGACUCUUCCUGAUACAGAUAUACAUGGGUGGAGCUUUCUCCGACAUGUGUUCCAUGACAUAUCCUUUGAUUCAAGACAACUGCGUUCUUAUCUCUGGUGAAGUUGAACUGAGAAACAUUACAAUAAUGAAAAUAGUUGCAGAUGCUUUGUGCAAAACAUUUAACGUAGAAGAAACACUUCAGCCAAGUAUAACAUCAUUGAUGCCGACAAUACCUCCACCUUUCACACCCGCAAUAUUCCAUCAGCCAUCUUCAAACACAUUUGAUCAUGAAAGUGAAAUAUCUCAUUCAUAUUAUUUGCAACAAACUAUACAUGGAUUGCCACAAUUAACAGAAACACGAGGAUUGCCACAAUCAACAGAGACACAUGGAUUGCCACAAUCAACAGAGAC